AUGGCGUCCCCGUCCCAUCUCCUCGUCCUUGUCUCGUUGCUGCUGUGCGGCACCAUCCUCGUCGCCACCUCCGGCAAGGUGUAUACCAAGGUCUGCGACGCGGAGCGUUUCGCGGAGCUGGGCCUCAACAUGUCCGCGUUCCCGUACUGCGACGCGUCGCUGCCGUACGCGGAUCGGGUGCGCGACCUCAUCGGCUGGAUGACGGUGGAGGAGAAGGUCGGCAACCUCGGCGACUAUUCGCGCGGCGCGCCCCGCGUCGGCCUGCCGCCAUACAAGUGGUGGUCCGAGGCGCUGCACGGCAUCUCCAACAAAGGCCCCUCCACCCUGUUCGACGACCUCGACAGCAAGCCGGCGGGGAACCACUCUGGCCGCGCCGCCGUCUACAACGGCACCGUCUUCGCCAACGUCAUCAACAGCGCCGCCACCUUCAACGAGACGCUCUGGAAGUCCAUUGGCCAGGCGGUGUCGACGGAGGCGCGUGCGAUGUACAACCUUGGGAAGGGCGGGCUGACGUACUGGAGCCCCAACAUCAACGUGGUCCGCGACCCGCGGUGGGGCCGAGCCCUGGAGACCCCCGGCGAGGACCCCUUCGUCGUUGGCCGCUACGCCGUCAACUUCGUCCGCGGUAUGCAGGACAUUCCCGGCCACGACGCCGACAACGCCGGCGACCCCUUCUCCCGCCCCAUCAAGACGUCCGCCUGCUGCAAGCACUACGCCGCGUACGACGUCGACGACUGGCACAACCACACGCGUUUCACGUUCGACGCGCGCGUCACGGAGCGUGACAUGGUCGAGACCUUCCUCCGCCCCUUCAAGAUGUGCGUCCGCGACGGCGACGUCAGCAGCGUAAUGUGCUCCUACAACCGCGUCAACGGCAUCCCCGCCUGUGCCGAUGCGCGCCUCCUCUCCGGGACCAUCCGCGGCGACUGGCAGCUCCACGGCUACAUAGUCUCUGACUGCGACGCCGUCCAAGUCAUGACCGACAACGCCACAUGGCUCAACUUCACCGGCGUCGAGUCCAGCGCCGCCUCGCUCAAGGCGGGGCUCGACCUCGACUGCGGCGAGAGCUGGAUCAAGCAAAACGGCAAGCAGCUCAAGGACUUCCUCACCGAAUACGGCAUGGCCGCGGUCUCCCAGGGCAAGAUGCGUGAGUCCGACAUCGACAACGCGCUCAAGAACCAGUACAUGACGCUCAUGAGGCUCGGCUACUUUGACAACAUCCCGCAGUACGCCUCUCUCAACGAGACGGACAUAUGCACCGACGAGCACAAGAGCCUCGCCGUCGAUGGUGCAAGACAGGGGAUGGUGCUCCUCAAGAACGAUGACAACUUGCUGCCGUUGGACCCGAAGAAGAUCCGCGCCGUCGCCGUGCACGGGCCACAUGCCCUGGCACCUGAAAAGGUCAUGGACGGAGACUACACAGGGCCGCCAUGCCGGUACGUGACGCCCCGCCAAGGAAUAAGCAAGGACGUGAAGAUCUCGCAUCACGCGAAUAUGACCAUCUACUUUGGUGGCAUAAACCUGCACAUAGAGAAGGAGGGCAACGACAGGGAGGAUCUUCUCCUGCCCAAGAACCAAACAGAGGAGAUCAUGCACUUUGCGGCAGCCUCACCAAACCCGAUCGUCCUGGUGAUCCUGUCGGGAGGCGGCAUCGACAUCUCCUUUGCGCAGAACCACCCAAAGAUCGGUGCCAUCCUAUGGGCCGGGUACCCUGGGAGUGAAGGUGGCAACGCCAUUGCCGAUGUCAUCUUCGGAAGAUACAAUCCAGGAGGAAGGCUGCCAUUGACAUGGUUCAAGAACAAGUACAUCUACCAAAUCCCCAUGACGUCCAUGGACCUCCGGCCGGUGCCGAAGCUGGGGUACCCCGGCCGGACGUACAAGUUCUACGACGGCCCGGAAGUGCUCUACCCAUUCGGCUACGGCCUCAGCUACACCAAGUACCUCUACGAGACCUGCACCAACGGCACCGCCGUCAUGCUCCCCACCGACGGCCGCCAUUGCAAGGGGCUCAGCUACAAGCCCAGCGUGGCCACUACCCCAGCCUGCCCCGCCAUCAACGUCGACGGCCACGCUUGCACCGAGACCGUCAACUUCAACGUCAGCGUGACCAACGGCGGCGACAGGGGUGGCGCCAACGUUGUGCUGGUGUACACGGUGCCACCGCCGGAGGUGGCCCAAGCGCCGAUCAAGCAGGUAGCAGCGUUCCGGAGGGUGUUCGUGCCGGCGUGGAGCACCGCCAGCGUGCCAUUCACGCUGAACGUCUGCAAGGCGUUCGGCAUCGUGGAGAGGACGGCGUACACCGUCGUGCCGUCCGGUGUGAGCAUGGUGCUGAUCGAGAACGGCGACUCGUCCGUGUCGUUCCCCGUCAAGAUCGAUUUCUCGGUUUAG